AUGCUAAGUAACCUAUCAGAUAAGGGAAAAAAAAUUCUACUGAAGGUCUUCAACGACAUCUGGACUAAAGAGAUUGCUGUAAAAGACUGGAGGACAUAUAUCACAAUACCAGUUCUAAAGCCUAAUAAGGAUGCAACAAAAAUAGAAUCAUAUCGGCCGAUUUCUCUAGCGUCAUGUAUGUCCAAAACAUUCGAACGCUUAAUGAAAAGAAGAAUCGAGUGGUGGCUCGAGAAUAAGAAGAAAUUGCCAAGUUACAUGCAAGGUUUCAGAAACAAAAGAGGCACGUAUGAUGUUCUAACUAGUUUCGUCUAUGAAAUUCACAACAACCUGGCCAAGAAAAAUUGUGUAUUGACUAUCAACUUGGAUUUGGAGAACGCAUACAACAGGGUUCAAAUACCGAUUUUAAUAAACAUUCUAUAUGAAUUAAAACUCCCUAAGAGAUUUAUUGUUCACAUUUAUCACUUAUUGAAAGAUCGAAAAUUAGUCCUCAGAUGUAAAGAUACACAUUAUGGGCCACGGUAUAUGUCGGAAGGCUUACCUCAGGGUUCUGUCCUUAGUCCCUUGUUGUUCAACGUAUACACGGCACACCUUCAAAAUGAGAUUGGCCAGGACGCUCGGAUCAUGCAAUAUGCAGAUGAUCUAAUAUUAUCACAUAGUGGAGUGUCAUUAAAUGAUGUGAUCAAAAAAAUGGAUCAGACCAUGACGUCAUUUGGAAAAUGGACCACAUCACUGGGAUUUUCAAUCUCCGAGAAUAAAAGUGCAGUAUCGUUUUUCACCAGACAAAGGAAUUCUAUUGCGAUGGAGUCAAUAAAAUUAGGUAGAUACACCUUAAAAAUACAAACUACCACAAAAUGUCUGGGUUUGACUAUAGAUAACAAAUUACGAUGGGGUCCACAUUUGGAAAAUCUGUCAAGAAAAUGUGAAGAUGCAUUAAAUAUCUUGAGAGUAUUAAAUCACAUGAUGUAUGGCGCUGACGUGAAGGUUGCAAUCAGGAUAUAUAAACAGCUUAUAUUAUCUAAACUUGAUUAUGGCUGCUUCAUUUAUGGGGAUGCAAGUAAAAAUCUACUACGCAAACUGGAUACCCUGCAAAAUAAAGCUAUAAGGUAUUGCCUGGGAGUUUUGCGUUCAACGCCCAUUAACGCCUUACAUGUGGAAGCACACAUAAUGCCUCUGCAUUUGAGGAGGAAACUGUUAGCAACGAAAUUCGUUAUUGACAGAAUAAGGUCCAACAACGUAGAGGUGAUACAAAAAAUUAGUAGUGCUAACAACUGUCAGAACAGACAAUAUUGGCAGAAUAAGAAGAAACCUAUACUUAUGUCAGUGAUCUCAGAAACUGAAUACAAAUGCAAGCCAUUAGAAGAACAAAACAAAGCAACAAAAUUCUACUUCAACUAUGAAAUCACGACUACAAACCUUCAAAAUAUCAUACAGACGGAAUUUUGUAAUAUAUAUAGCAGUCCAAUUGAUUGGGGGUAUAGAUUAGAAAUUGAAGAUAAAAUUAAAAACACGUUUCCGGACUUCGAGGUUUUCUUCACAGAUGGUUCAAAAGGUCCUGAGGGCGUAGGUGCUUGCAUCUAUCAUCAGAACACUAACUUAUAUACUAAAUAUAAGUUAGAUAUAAAUGCGUCGAUUUAUACAGCUGAAAUGUACGCCAUAAACAAAUGUAUUCGGAACAUCGCCUCACUUAGCUUGGAGAAAGCCGUUGUAUUCAGUGAUAGCCGAUCAUCUUUAGAGAGCCUGCUAUCUAUAGGCAGGGACCCAAGUUUUUUAGUGUUAGAUACUCUUAAUCAUAUACAUAACAUACUCUCGAAAAGAAAAUCCGUUUACUUAAUUUGGAUCAAGAGUCAUAUUGGAGUAACAGGGAAUGAAGCUGCUGACAAAGGAGCAAAAGAUGCAAUAAACACGGGUAUAAUCGUAGAAGAUGGAAUAUCCCACCAAGAUAUCAAAAACCUCUUUAAGGCAAAGAUAUACAAGGAGUGGCAAUUGGAAUUCCAAGAGUCAAGUCGUGAAAAAGGACAGUUUUAUGCAGCCAUACAAGAACAAAUUCCUGUCAGACCAUGGUUCGACAAAUUUACGAGGAGUCGUCAUUUUUACUGCAUUUUUAAUCGUCUGAGAACCAAUCACACCUUUACGCCUUUCCACUUGAAUAGGAUCGGAAUUAACAUCAAUCCGUAUUGUCAUUGUCUUGGCGAAGCAAAUAAUGCAGAUGCCAAUCACUUAAUUAUGGAGUGUAGACAUAUGGAGGAAAAAAGAGAAAAACUAUGGAAUAAAUUAACAAAACUGAGGAUCCCACUUCCCACAAACCUGAGACUGAUGUUGGCAGACACUGUAACUUAUGAUGCUAUAUACGAGUAUAUAUGUGAAACUAGAUUAAUGGUAUAG